GGACAGAAACAUUGAGAGCCUUCUAGAAACAUGCCGCGCGUCACGUGGCCGCCAAGCUCCGCCUUCUGGCUGCUAUCAGCUGGAGCUGGGAAAGAACGGCGCGACAUUUGUGUCACGGGACCAGUGCAAGAAAACGGGGUUGAGGGAGCUGCCGAGUUCAUAGAAGGGGCCGUGGGCGUGAGCGGAAGUGGCGAUACAGUAUGAGAGCCCCCUUCCUUGACAAUCCAACCCCUGUGAUGUCAUGGGCAGACACAUAGGAAACUUGGAUAAAGGUGGCCUCACAGAUCCUAUCCUACUAUUUUCGGAUCGUGUGUGAGGGAAGCUGGAAUGGCUGCAGUUGGCACCCCAUUUAAUGGCAUGCUGUAUAGAAUGGAUUUUCAUCAGUCUUCAGACUCAUUCUAUCAAAGUGCAAAUCUCCAGAGUUCAUUAGAUACCCAAUUUCUUUCUGCUGAAAUGAACAAUGAUAACCCAGUAAACCCUGCUUCAAUGGGAUGUUCUGUGAACUUUGAUAAUACAUAUUUUAGUCUCUGCAAUCCGUCUCCCAGCUUGACUGGUGGAGGUUUAACUUUUAUGCAAAAUGCUAUAUUAUCUCCUGAUUCUGGAGGAGAUUUGGGAUACUCGGCUACUUGUUCUGGGUUCCCACUUUCCACAAGAAGUAAACAUAAAAGAGAGGAGGAUAUCUUUGAGUGUCCGUUGAAAAAAAGGAGAAUUUCAGAACAUUCAGAAGUCCCUGUAUUUCCUGAAGCUACUGCAUCCCAUUCCUCAGCCGGUAUUUUAAAAGGUGAAAUAUCAAGGAGUUGCUGGGAUUCUAAUUGUAAGCCAGAGAGAACCACCGCCAUUCAAUAUUCUGAAUCUGGUUUAUCAGUCAUGCAUUUGGCCCAGACUGAAGAGAUGGAGGAAGCAUCCAGUGAACCUUUCGCUCUUGUAUGUGGAAAUGAUAGCAGGCUAAGUAGCAAUAAUGAAGAAUUGGAAACUGACAAAAAAGCUGACCGUUUGCCUUCGCUCAUCAUGUCUGAUGUUCUUAAAGAAGGUUUAAAGCGAGGUUUUCAAGAAUCCCUCACAAAGAAGAUUGUGGAUUCAAUGAAUCGUCCUUCUAUGGAACUUGUCCUCUGGAAACCUCAGUCACAGUUCCUUUUUGACAGACUGCAGGCAGUGCCUAAAAGUCAUAAGAAGGGAAAACAUUCAGAAAAGCCUGCGCACUCACCAUCUGAAACCUCCUUCAUUCAGGAAGUAGAAACAAUUGAGGAUGAUCAUUUGUGCAGUUCCAACACUACAAGUGACCCAAACAGAACUUGGAGCAGAGAUGAGGAAGAAGAAGAAAUGGAGCUAUAGAUGUUUUCUACAAAGAUCUAAUGGGACAGCAGCUCAAGGAUUCAUUUUAUUACAAAACAAAAAUUGUCCAGUUAUAAAACCCAUUUUUUGGAAACCUGAACUAGCAGCUUUUCUACUUCUUUUCAUGUGAAUGCUUGACUAUGUAUGGUUAUUCAGCAUACAACUUUGUUACAAAAGAUUUUUUGGAAAGUGGUGUGGUAAAAGAAUUGUUUUGAUGUUUUGUGUAUUGUGCAGAAGGAACCAUAACAGUGAGCAUGUUUUAUGUUAAAACUACAAUGAGCUCACUGACAUACCCAGCCGACAAUGUCAAUAUUACAGAUUUAAUGGUAAAAGUAUAGAAAUCCCAAUGCAAAGAUGGGUACGUUUCAUAAUAAUGUCACCGGUUCUUUUUGUUUUUACCAAACACGGGGAUAGAAAUUGCUUUGUGCUCAUUCCCUGCAUAUGGACUGGAGCAAAUUCUUUAUAUAUGAGGUGAGUUUUUUACUUUUUGUGCCAAAAAGCAGGAAUUGAAUGUGUUUUGUUAUGUUUUAUCUGUGUUUGUGUUAUAAACACAAAACAAUGAGAUAUCCUGAUAUAUAUAUAUAUUUUGGCAAGAUGCCCUUAUUUAAGACUUUUUUUCUAAUUUUAAUGGGUGUCCAGUACUUGGGUUUCUGAAUUUGUAAUACCAGAUACAUGCUAUAACUGAUAGGAAGUACAGGUAUAGGAUCCGGUAUCCAGAAAGCAUCAAAUUUAUGUUCAGGGAAGCUCCCAUAGUUUCUAUUUUAAGCAAAUACUUCUAAAUAUUUAAUAUAAUGUUUAUCUCUGUAAUAAUAAAACCAUACCUUGUACUUGAUGAUAACUAAGCUACAUCUUGGUGGUAAAACCAUUAAAUUGGGUUUGUUUGAUGUUCAGAUUAUUAUUUUUUUAUUUUAAGUAUAUCUAAGGUAUGAUGAUCCAAAUUAUGGGGGUACGAAAAAAAUCUUAUCCCAAGAAUCCCCAAACAUUAAAGAUAUUAGACCCUAUACCUGUAUAAACAAAGAAUAUUGCACUGUACUUCCUGGGUUUAACUCCUGUGCCACAAUGUUUUGUAUACUUUAAUAAAACUAAAAUUGAAGUUUAAUAUUA